CAGUUAGAUCAGUUAUAGGAGGAGGAUAUGGGAAAUGGGAAUGCUGCGGUUAAAUCAAGGCUAUAGAACUGGGUUAAAUGGUUAUUUUUUUUCCGCGUUUCUGACAGCUUGGCGCCUCAAGAUACACUAUUUUGUAGGAGUUUAUUAUUUAAGUAAGCUCCUAUAGUUUUGAAAGUGCUAGUUGAUAUUGGCAUUUAAUGCGAGCAAGAUGAGCCAGAGCCGGCGAGCCAUUUGGUCGACGUUCAUCGUUACACCUUCAUAGGUAGGUAGGUACCGCUCGUCGGUCCCGCCAUCUAGAGGCAUAGUGCAUAGCAACAUAUCAGCAGCGAGUACUCGGAAUGGGCUCUGAGCCGCCGGCGGUGUUGCGCCAGUGCUCGGCGGAGCGGGGCGACGCCGGUCUGGCUCUGGAGCACACCAUUACUCUGCUGGGACGCGGCACGGCCGUCACGCGCUUCUGCCUACGUCGGCGGCCCGAGCGAAAGUCCCUGGCCGUUCGCCGCGAGACGGGCCAGCUGAUCAGCCUCAAGGCGAGCGUGCCGGACCGGAGCCGCGGCGACGACUCCGAGGUGCUGCUCGACCUGCGACUGGUGAAACAGGUGCGCCGCGGCCGGGCGAGCCGGGAGUUCGAGCGCUGGCCAGAAGAUGCCCGCCGCUGCGAGCCGGCCAAGUGUUUUGUCGUCAGCUACGGUGCCGCAUUCACGCUCAAGACGCUCUCGGUGGCGUGCCUGUCCGAGCGCGAGUGCGACACGUGGCUGCGCGGGCUGGAGGCGCUGGUGCGAGAGGCGCAGCAGACGCCCUAUCCAUCACAGGUGGUUCGCUGGCUCUUCAAGGAGUUCUACGGGAUGGGCGGCUCAGUGACCCUGAAAGAUCUGAAGGCGUUUUUGCCUCGUGUCAACUGCAAGCUGUCCACAGCACGGCUCAAAGAGCUCUUCCAGGAAGCAGAUGGGUCGAAGAAUGGUCGCAUCACGUUCGACGAUUUCCUGCGGUUGUACUACCGGAUCGUGUGGGACCCCGCUGUGCUAGUUGGUGGCGUCGAACGGUACGUGCGUGCGGAGGAGAACGUUUCCGUGUCUGCGUUCUGUCGGUUCCUAGUCAACGAGCAGCAAGAUCGGCUAGGUCGGGACGAGGCUCUGGCCGGCCAGUUCAUGCGCGACUACCUACAAGAGCCGCAGAGGGACGUGAAGGAGCCUUUCUUCACUGCUGAUGAGUUCGUCAGCUUCCUCUUCAGCAAGCAAAAUGAGCUGUGGGACAUGAGGAAUGACACGGUCACGCAGGAUAUGACAAGGCCGCUGGCUCACUACUGGAUCGCUUCCUCGCACAAUACGUACCUCACAGGAGACCAGUUCUCGUCAGAUAGCUCCGUAGAGGCGUACGCGCGCUGUCUUCGUGCUGGCUGCCGCUGCAUCGAGCUGGACUGCUGGGAUGGUCCGGACGCGACACCGCUCAUCUUUCACGGUCACACGCUGACUUCCAAAAUCAAGCUAGUGGACGUGGUUCGGUGCAUCCGGGACAACGCGUUCGUCGCGUCCGAGUUUCCAGUGAUCCUGUCCAUCGAAGACCACUGCAGUCUGCCGCAGCAGCGUAAGAUGGCGGCCGCCUUCCACGAAGUGUUCGGCGACAUGCUGCUGACGGCACCCGUUGACAAAACAGAAAGUGAGCUGCCCUCACCGCAGGCGCUGCGUCGCAAGAUUCUGAUAAAGCACAAAAAGCUUCCGGAAGGAUCGGAUGAGGUCGUGGUCACCAGCCAAGACGACGGCUUCGAUGGCCUUGACCUCAGCGACAGUCUGAAGAACGGCAUUCUCUACUUGGAGGACCAGGUGUACGGCGAUUGGACGCCGCAUUUCUUCGUGCUCGCCAAUCAGCGACUGUACUUCACUGAGGAGCACUCGGCUGACCAGAACGACGAAGACGGCGAGGACUCGGAGCUGCUGCCACCGAAAGCCAAUGUGCCCAAUGACGAGCUGCACUUUGGUGAGAAGUGGUUCCACGGUCGGCUACAAGGUGGCCGUCCGCGUGCAGAGCAGCUGCUCCGCGAGUACUCGAACCUCGGUAACGGCACCUUCCUAGUCCGUGAGAGUGAGACGUUCGUCGGCGACUACUCGCUGUCGUUCUGGCGAAACGGUCAGGUCAACCACUGCCGCAUCCGCACACGACCCGAAUGGGGUCAGAACAAGGUGUACCUGAUCGACACGGUCACUUUUGACUGUCUGUUCAACCUUAUCAAUCACUAUCGCACCAACCCGCUGCGCACACAGAACUUCACCAUGCUGCUAACGGAGCCUGUGCCGCAGCCCAACCAGCACGAAAGCAAGGACUGGUACCAUGCUGAUUGUUCUCGGGACAAGGCUGAAGAGAUGCUGCAGCGCGUGCCUCAAGAAGGUGCAUUCCUCGUGCGACCCAGUCAGCGUGAUGCCGCGGCCCUGUCUCUAUCUUUCCGGGCUGACCGCCGUAUCAAGCACUGUCGCGUGCGACGCGACGGUCGCCUCUACGUCAUCGGCAACGUCCAGUUCGAAAGUCUAGUCGAGCUGGUCAGCUACUAUGAAAAACAUCCGCUUUACAAGAAAGUGCGCCUGAGGUACCCGGUGACGAGCGAGCUGGUGGCGCGUGCUGCACUGGAGAAGAAUGCGCCUCCGACUGAUGGACAUGCUUCUGGUACCUACAUGGACCCAGCCUCCUUCGCAGCUAAGGUGACAGUCAGGGCACUGCAUGACUAUCGUGCACAGCGUGACGAUGAGCUUACGUUCUGCAAGCACGCCGUCAUCACGAACGUGAGCAAAGAGAACGAUGGCUGGUGGCGCGGUGACUACGGCGGGCGUCGCCAGCUCUGGUUCCCCAGCAACUACGUGGAAGAGGUGGAGGCAUCGGAUGAGGCUGACCCGUCUGUGCUGGGCUCGCUACAACAGGGAUCUGUGGCGCUUCUUCGAGCACAAGUAGAACUCCUCCCGGCCGGUCCACCGUCCGAUGGUGCUCCGUCCCUAGAGUGUAUCGUACGCGUACUGCCUGCCACAUCUCUGACGCCGGUGGACCUCGGCUGCGCCAACUGGUCAGAGGGUCGCGACUGGGAGCAGCGGAUCCGUCAAGUAGCAGAGAGCGGUCAGGAGACUGGCGGUGCUCGGAGAGAUAUGGAACGCAUCAAGCGCAUCGCCAAGGAACUGUCGGCUCUGAUUGUCUACUGUCGUACAGAGACCUUCCAACCGGAGCGACUUCGCGAGUCUCGUGCCUUCCAGGAGAUGUCCAGCUUCCCGGAGACCAAGGUAGAAAAGUGGCUGAGUCCGCCAAACGUCAAGUUCUUCCUUUGGUACAAUCAGCUGCAGCUGAGCCGCGUGUAUCCCAAGGGACAGCGCAUCGAUUCGUCCAACUACAAUCCGGUACCUAUGUGGAACGCGGGCUCUCAGAUGGUGGCGCUCAACUACCAGACUCCGGACCGGGCGAUGCAGCUGAACCAGGCACGGUUCAUGCAGAAUGGCGGUUGCGGCUACGUGCUCAAGCCGGCUUUCAUGCAUGGCGAGUCGUUCGACCCGUUCGACAAGACCACGCUGCCAUUCCCGCCGACUGUGUACGCGCUGCGGAUCAUCGCCGGCCGCCACCUGAGCAAGCAAGGCCGGGGUAUCGUCAGCCCCUUCGUCGACGUCGAGGUGAUCGGUGCCGAGUACGACAACUGCAACAAGUACACGACGCGUGUCGUGCCGGACAACGGACUGGCGCCCGUGUGGAACGAGACCUGCGAGUUCACCGUGCACUGCCCGCCGCUGGCGCUGCUCCGCUUCGCCGUCCACGACGAAGACAUGUUUGGUGAUCCCAACUUCAUCGGCCAGGCGACCUACCCGCUGCAGUGCGUGCGGCCGGGGCUGCGGAGUGUGCCUCUGAAGAACGGCUACGGAGAGCCGCUAGAGCUGGCCUCGCUGCUGGUGCACCUGGAGAUCCGUCAGACAGAGCGGCCGCCGCCUUCGGUCAGCCAGGCGCUGGAGGGACUCGUGCUGCCCUCACCCGAUGGUGGCUCGGUGAUCGCCCCUCUGCGCGCGCAGUGAGCCGGCUCUUCCAGUCCCUGCGCAGAUUGGACAGCCCGGCGACGCCGUGCGUGCCGCGAGGUGGUCGCUGGUGGAGGACUGGGGGCUCGUCGAAGCAUGGGAGGAAAGCAUUGCAGUUGAUAAUUUAAGAACUUUGCGCGGUGGAACCGCGGUUGCGAAUUUACUGGAGAAGUCACCUGACCGCUGAUGCGCUGUGGCAAUGGGCCCAUAUCCCCUUGAAGUGUGAGUGGGUCCAGACAAGAGUACACAGAAUAGAUGUGUGGUUGGACCAAUGACAUGCGAGCUUCAGUGUGCUUUUAAUGAAGCCGCUUUGACGAGUGUCGUGGACCUCAGUGGGUCGCGAAGGGCGCGGUGUCGACCAGCUUAACGGCUGUACAGGGUGUUGAUGGACGGAGCGUCUGUCUUUCCACAGAUUCGUGCAACUCUUGGCGGGAUUUGUACCAUAUAUUUUCUACUUUGUUCCGCUUUGUGAUGCAUUAUAUAUAUUGUUCUAUAAGUGGCGGUUCAUCCACUGUAGCGACGGCUACGCUGAGGUAAUACUGCUGCUGGUGAGACGACGGAACAUGCCCAUUUCGGACGGGUUUUUUGUAGGGUCAUUAGGGAUUUUGUGAACUAUUUUAUCCUAGGUAAUGGUGAAGAUCAUAAGCUGGAGCUUCCGUAGACUGUUUUUGCUAGUUUUGUUGGGUUUUGCUUAAGCUGUCGCUACCGCAAUGUGCAUGCUAGGAAAAUUUCGUUUUUUAUACCCGAUGAGCAUUGGAGAAGGUAUUUGUUUGCUAUUAUUACGCUUUGCGCCGCUCUACGGCAUGCUGUAUAUUAUGAACUGUUGGAAAUGAAAACUCAUGACUCGCCACAAUGUUAUGGACUACUGGGUACGGGCGAACGAGCGUGUUUCCUGUGGCCGCUGCGCAAACGCCCUCAAUGGGACGGUGGCGGGGAGCGUGUCGUGCCUUCUGCCGUGGCUGACGCCGUCAGUCGGUGUCUCUGUGCUAUGAAAGCUUGUCGAGCAGGAGCCGCAUCGAGCGCGGGGUAGGAGCGCAAUAGACACUCGGCCGCUGCCAUUUACUGUGAUUGGCGAUAUGGUGCUACGCGAGAAGCUAACCAAGCGAGAGAGAAUGGUCUGCGGCGAGAGGCGACGCCCAUGGGCUUUGGUCGUCGAACUGCCGCCGUCCGGGUGCUGCCCGGUCGGUGCUGAGCAAUGCUGGCAAUCAGCAGCCCUGUCGGUCCAGCUAUCGUUAUUUGUCGUAAUAUACACUAUGCAUUGUUA